GUUUUCAAUGUUGAAAUAUUAAAAAAUUUUGUUGAAAUUAUAAAAAUAUUAGCAAAAAUCACAAAAAUGAGUCUCGUUGAUAAGAUUUAGUUGGACUGGGGAUAUAGAAUUUACUUGACCGGAAUGUUGCAAACCUGCAAUCACUUGCAAUUGUAACACUAAAGCACUAAAGCCAAAGUGCCCUUGACCGAAAAGUAAAACUACAGCCCUGGACGUCACAGGCCUCUACGUUCAACAUGGCCACCUGAAGUGUAGCAGACGAUUCAGGUGGCAUGUCAAACUUGUAAAUAAACACAAUUUUUAUCUUCAAUUAUGAGUGAAAGGGUGCAAAAGGAUCGCUCCGAAAAUUCCGAUAUUAACGAAGAUGCAGUGGAUCCGCGAGUGCAGAUCGAACUCGAAAGACUCAAUACAGCCACAGACGAUAUCAACAAACUGGAAGUUGAUUUGGACGAGGCUCGAGCGACAUUUCGAGAAUUAUUAUGUGAGUCGACAUUAAAAAUUGACAACCUCACGAAAAAGUUGAGCGACUGUAUAGAAAAAUCAAAACCGUAUUACGAUGCCAGAUUUAAAGCCAAAGAGGCCUUGACGGAAACACAAAGAGCGGCAAUAAGAUUCGAGAGAGCGAAUAGUCAACACGCGGCAGCUAAGGAAAUGGUUUAUUUGGCCGAAGAGGGCCUCAAGACUGAGGGACGAUGUUUCGAUCAUGCAUGGCAGGAAAUGUUGAACCACGCGACAUUCAGAGUAAACGAAUCAGAGCACGAGAGGGCCAUAUCGGAAGCCGAACACCGUCGAACGACUGCUUUGUACCACACUGCUGAAUACGAGGUUCAACGUCUUCAGCGAGAAUUGAGACGAGCGAUCGCGAAAUCUAGUAUGGGUGCACGCCGAAGCUUGCUUCUGAUAAACAAUAUCGCCUACAGGCACAACUUGCUCAUCUUACGAUACUUCGAAACGAAAGCUCACUUUAACCAGAUGCUAGAGGAGCAAAAGACUAGAGUCAGUGUGUUGGAGAGAUCAGUAGGGGACGCAAAAAUGACGUACGCUGACGCUCUGAGAAAUCUGGAGAAAAUAAGUGACGAAAUUCACAGAACAAGAAAAUACGAUAAUGGGAAGCAAACCGAGUCGCAAGAGAACUGUGUCAAUCAGACGAACACUCCCACGGAUUCUAGCUUCACAGGCUCACCGGACAGUACGGACUACACGAGCGACGAGUAUCUUCGACUGCCUGACAAGAUCUCUUCCCAGUCUUCAUACACUCUUCCAGCGAAAAUUGAGAGGGAAACUUCGUCGGGAUACCUGGGCCUCUGCAAGUUGAGUCUCUCCUCCACGGAGCCGAGGCGCUACAUAAAGAGGGAUCGCCCGCAAAGUAUCGCGGCGACCGACGCCAAACACAUUUUCCAAAUGCAGAACGAAGGCAGCGCCUCGAGUCCGCGCCGCAAGGAAGUCGCGAACGUCGUUUCUCCCAUCGAGAAGAAAGUGAAGAUAUCGUCUCCGAAGAAGGAGCUGAAUCCCGAAAAUGGAGAGGAGUGGACCGAGAUCAGUCUGAACAACUCGCCCGAGGAGAACUAUUACAAUGAAGCCUUCUCGGACGAAGAGGAACAAAUCCCGUACAAAAGACUUCCCGUGGACUUGAGUCCCGAUGGAGAGACGGCCGAGCGCUCCGGAGAGAAGAAGAGGAGCAAACUAGUCACGCAAAAGUCCCUUCCGUCGAUGCCAAAGGCGAAUGAGGUCUCUCUCAGUGAGGAAAUAAAGGCCGAGGUCACCAGAAGUCCCUCUAUGAAAAGCAGAAGCAAAGUCGACAACAGGAUUGCCAAUUGGAUAUCGAGGAGUUCCGUUGCUGACGAAGCGAGCGGAAGUAGUUCCGCAAAUUCUAGUCGACGUCAGUCUUUAGAUAUGCUUUGGAAUACUGGAACAGGAGAAAAAGUGAAGGAACUCUUAAGUCACGGGAUGAUGAUGUUGAACAUAUCCAGCCUCACUGACAGACGUUGCAGUGAACCAAGAACUGUGGACAACAAUGAAAGAUCCGACAAAACUGAACUCAAAGGAAAGAAAGUUCCAAGUCCGUUGGAAAAAACCAUGAGCUACCUCAAUGCAGAUGAAGAAAUUUCAGAUAGCGAAAGCUUAGCGAGUGUGGAAAUGCUGACAGAGGAUCAAAUCUUGUCGCUAAUGAUGGAACCAGACAUGAAUCAAGUCUGUCAAGAGAUUCUAGGAACACCCCUCGUUGAAGUGUGUCCCCUUUUACAGCAACUUCAACAGCAAUAAGGAAAAAAUACCAAGUGUUCAAAAUCAUCGUCUGAUACACGGUCGGCUAUUAGAAAACCACUUCAUUUUCUUAAAUUAUGUUUCUUUCUAUCAGUCUUUAGUUUUUGAUUCUUGUUUUAUUUAAAUUCAUCAAUUAUUAUUACACCAUUAUAAUAUGUUGUUACAAAAUAUUUAUAUGUUGAAUAAUUUAGAAAGAGAAUUUAUUUAAAAAUUUAA